AUGCCCAAGCGACGAAAAACUUCUGAGGCUGGCGCCUUUGUCAAAAUCGGUGAUAAAGUCAUCUCCAUCGAAGGAUAUCUAAAAGGCGUGCCAAAAAAUACAGGUGUGCCUGGAGGCGGCGGUGCCACCAAUCCUCCAGAUGGUACACAAGAGGAUGAGUCCUCACAGCAAGGCAAACCACAAAGCACAGAUUCUCGCGCCAAGAAAACACCACACCGCAACGACAUCCGAGAUGCCCUGAGGAAAAAUGAUGUGCUUGUUGUCGUGGCGGAGACGGGCUCUGUGCCUGGAGUUCGAUAUGUCAUCGAUACCGGCAAGGCCAAGGUGAAGCAAUAUCGUGUCAGGCUAGGCAUGGAGUCGUUACUCCCCAAACCGAUCUCGAAAUCAUCAGCCAUCCAAAGGGCGGGACGAGCUGGUAGAGAAGCACCGGGGCAGUGUUACAGACUGUAUACUGAAGAAAGCUAUGAGAACAUCCUGAAGGACUCAGAUCUGCCAGAGAUCCUACGGAUCGACGUCUUGGGAGCGGUCUUGACUAUGAAAGCGCGAGGCAUUAACGACAUCUUCUCCUUCCCUCUGAUGGACACGCCAGAUGACGAGGCCUUCGAGAAAGCGCUGCUUCAUCUGCACGUUCUCGGUGCUAUCGCAGGUGAUGGAUCUCUGACAGAGAUGGGAAGGAAAAUGGCAUAUUUCCCAGUCACCGCACCGUAUGGGCGGGUCUUGCUUGCGGCAGGAGACCCCAAAAACGACUGUCUCCUGGAAGCCAUCGACAUCAUUGCUUGCCUAACGGCUGGAGACGACAUAUUCUAUCAGCUCCGCUCCGAGGAGGAGAUCGAAGAAAUACAAGAAAGCCGGAAGGAACUAUACCGCCGCGAGGGUGAUCUUUUGACCUACCUCACCACAGUGCAGCAGUAUACGGCAGAACAUUCCGACCGGGUCGAGUGGUGCAAGCGAAGAAAGGUCAACACCAGGGUCAUGAAGCAAGCGCUCAACAUUCGCAAGCAGCUACGGGGCCUGUGUCUCAAAGAGAAGAUGCUCGCCGACGCUCCGCCGCAGGAUCCUCAGCCCUUCACGCCCACAUCGCCAGAGCGCGCUGAGAUCAUCCUCAAAUGUUUCUUGACCGGAUUCGCAAUGAAAACUGCCCUCCUAGCACCAGACGCCAGCUAUAUGACGACAUUUGGAAAGCAUGUCGUUGCAAUUCACCCCGCGAGUGUCAUGCAUGGACAGAAGAGGGAGGCUAUCAUGUUUCUGGAACAUGUUUUUACAACCAAAAAUUAUGCCAAGAAGGUCAGCGUCAUACAGGCGAACUGGAUAUCUGAGGCGAUGGGAUCGUAG